UGCCUAAAUACAAUUAGCCGGUCAGAUGACAAGAUCCCUGCUCUGGUGGCUUGUGAAAUGUAGAAAGGCUAUUGCAAUUAAAUUUUUUAAAAAAAUGAUGUCGUAUCAGAAGAAAUAGGAGAGAGGGGCACUCGAAAGCUUUUGAGUGAUUUCAUCCCUGACUAAGAAGGGGAUCAUGCCUUACAGAAGAACAGCAGAUUUCCCAGAAGCGAGAAGGAUGACAUCUUUCAAUGUCUGUGUAUCGCACAGCAGCUCAGGAAGGUUUCACAUAUGGUUACAUGAAGCAGCGCUGUUACCUUUGAGAAUCUUGGCAUGCACCGUGUAGUGCACAUCCAUUAAAGUACCUCUUUCAUUUUGCACUACUUGUUUUUUUCCUUCUGAGCGAUCUAAGGCGGUCGGAAUUUUUCAACUGUGUUCUUUCCAUAGUGCGUUUAAUGAGAGCUGGCUCUGCCCUUCCUGCUUUUAUUAGCAGUGCUGCAGGAUGCAUCUUUUGCAAGCCUGAAAUGGCUGAGAGGAUUCAUGCUUUCUUCUCUGCAUUCUGUUCUGCUGUCAGUAUGUAAAUACCCUGCCUGACAUUACAUGGUGCACCUCAGUAACUAAACAUUGCAUCAUGAUUUUACAGCAUGUAUUAUGAUCGACGUCUCAUGCAAAAAAAAAAAAAAAACAGCCCUAUAAAGUCAUCGAAAGCAUAUUGCUACCAGAUGGUAUUAAUCUUGCUUUUUAAUCUCAUGUUAUAUUUACCCAGUUAAAUAAUGUAUGCUGUAUUGUUAAUUAAUGUGAAUAUCAAAUUAAAGAGCUUGAAAACUAAUAUACUAGCCAUGCAGGUAGGAGGAACGGAAAAAAAAUCUAUUUUUAACUCUUGCGUAGCUCUGUAGCUUGGCUGGCUUGCGGAAGUCGUGAGGAAAAGGUUGGACCUCCAGGGGAUGUGAGAAGUGGCCCUUUGCAGUGGUCAGUCUGCGACCCUUUACACAAAAAAAGCUGCAGAUCUGUGGGCUGCAUAAUGGAGAAAACCCGGAUGUGGAUUAUUAUUGCUGCCACAAUCCGUUCCCUGAUGGAAAAUCCAUUUCUCAUGCAUACCGUCCAUCCGAGCUUCUUUUCAGCUGAUUUUACCAACGACAGCUUCUCAGAACCAUGAAGCGAGGACCGAAUUUAAUGGUUUAUUUUUACCUCCAACUGCGCAACAUACAGGAGGAUUGAAUGUAUAUUCUAAGUUAACACUUCUUUAAUGAUUCGUACAGGGGUCAAUCCAGGAAUGUUAUUAAUUGCCUAUAUUGGAAUUACAAGUUUCUCAAUACAGAAAGCAAAUAAUAAGGGCAUUAAGGGACACCUUUACAGAGUUCCUUGAUAAAAGGAGAACUGAUUUACCGGUUGGGAAAUACAGAAGUAUUUCAGGUUUCUGAAUCUGGUAUUUCAGGCUUCCAGUUUACUCAAUUAAAAGGAUUAAAAUGUGCAGCUCAGAAGACAUAGUGGACUGUUUUCACAGCGAUACAUUGCUCUGUCAUUUAAAUGAGCAACGCAUGCAGGGAGCCCUAUGUGAUGUCACCAUUGUGGUUGAAGACACUAAGUUCAAGGCACACAGGAAUAUCUUGGAAGCAUCAAGCUUGUAUUUCAGAAAACAAUUUUUGAGUCAAAGCAUCUUAAUCCAGGGACAUGUGUUGGAACUUACAGACUUCAAGGCAGACACAUUUACAGAGAUACUGAAUUAUAUUUAUAGUUCUAAGAUUGCAGUGAAGAGAAAGGGAGCACUAAGGGAUAUUGCAGAUGCUGGGAAAAAAUUGGGAAUAGCGUUUUUAGAAAACAUAAAAAAUGCAAAUUCGAGCUGUAAAAGAUCUGCAUUGCCUACUGCUCUCUGCACCUCACAAACAGAGAAUAGACUGCCGCUUACUUUGUAUCGUGAUGACAGUGGUCUGAAAUCAGAGACUGUGGAGAAAAAGGGAGAUGAUGUAGCCAUUACCAACGGACCUAGAAUUACCAAUGCAUUUUCCAUUCUAGAAACAGAAGUUUGUGGUUUUUCUCCACUAGAUCUGAGAGCAAACUUUAAAAAGACAACAGGCUCCAUGCAAGAGAUCAAUAGUAGAGAUCAUUGUGAGAAUGGAGUAUGUAAUGAUGGCGAACCAGUAAAUACUCUGGCUGAACACUCUUAUGCUGUAUCUUCAGGGGAGCUUCUGUAUAGAAGGGAUUCAAGGACUGAAGAAAGAUCAAUGCCUUGUAUUGUCCCUACAAUCCAAGAGGCACUACCAGCUAGUAGCAUGCCUGUGCUUGAACAGCAGUGUGUUAUACCACAGACAACAAAACAAAGCUGUACCUCUAACAGUGUAAAGAGCUUGAAUUGCCCAGAUGUCAAGGAUCAAGAAAUUACUCCUUCAGAUUUCUAUAAAGACAUUGAAAACGGGGUGGCACAGCUUCCUUCAAAUAACUCACCAGCCGACCAGUCCUUCCAUGAUCCAUCUUUGUUGUAUCCACAACCUAAAAAACGCCAAGAGAUAUUUAACUGUAAAAACUGCAGCAAAGAGUUUGCACAUUUGAAACGACUGCAGCGACAUGAACAGAUAUGCUUUAAGAUGGUGCACACUGAUAGAGAUACUAAAAUAACAGGCAGUCUUUCAGGGGAUACUACUUUAGAGACAUCAAAUAAUUCUUUAGAUCAAAUAUCUGACCAAAAUUCUCUUCCAAAUAUUACCACUCCUGGAUCAGACCAUUUUGUAAAGAUAGUAGAUGGUAAGAUUUUUUAUGUGUGCAUUGUUUGCAAGCGGAACUAUGUUACUCUUUCAAGUCUUCGAAGACAUUCAAAUGUCCAUUCAUGGAGGAAAUCAUAUCCUUGUCAUUACUGCAACAAAGUCUUUGCCUUAGCCGAAUAUCGUACUAAACAUGAAAUCUGGCACACAGGUGACAGACGAUAUCAGUGUAUAUUUUGCUUAGAAACAUUCAUGACUUAUUAUAUCCUUAAAAAUCAUCAAAAAUCUUCCCAUGGAAUUGAUCCAAGAAUGGGAGUGGUCAACAAAACUGCCAAUAGAGGUCUGAAACCUAGCAUUUAUCCAUACAAGCUUUAUAGACUUUUGCCUAUGAAAAAUAAAAGAAUAUCCAUGAAAACUUCUGCAAAUGACACCUCUGCAAACACAGGAAUACGUUUUCAAGGUCAUAGUUCCUUUAACACAGCAGCCGUUGUUCAGAAUUCAUUAGGCUCUCAGCCUUUUAAUUUGGAAAGCCAGGAGAACCUGCCUUGCUCUUCUGAUACACCACACAAUAUUUCAAGCUCAAACAUAAACCAGAAUACUUGGCCAUUUGAAGUUUCACACUCUGAAAAUAUAAGCGCACUGCCUGAAAAGAAAGAUAAUUCUCCUCUUCAUAAUGCCAACUCAACUCCAACAGGGUGUAAUGCUGUAGUCAGUUAUUUUGGUAAUGAAACCCAGAAUAUGCCCUCUGUUAUUAACUCUACCAGCUCUGCACCUUCUGUGAUAAUGCACAGCAGUAGAACAUCUUCUGUAAUUAUGCAUGGAAAUUCAGUAACAGCAACAUCAUCAACAAAUGGGGUAAGUUGUUACCAUGGAAGAACCAUUGUAUCCCCAAAGAGGGAUAGUAGUAGUUCUCAAGAAACUGGCAUAGGGGUAGUAGAUUCGCAAUCCAUAAAAGAGAUGAGUUAUGAAGACAGCAAAGCAAAAGAUGUUCAGCAGGAAGAACUAGACUUAUUUUCUCCUGUCCCUGUAAAGAAAAGCAAAAGUGUAAUCAAACAUGGAAAUAAAACAGAAACAUACAUAGCCAAACCAGCCUUACCUGGAACUCUUGUGAACAGUGGAAUUGCUCCACUUUGCAAGAUCACUGUAAAGAUCGGAAGUGAAGCUUUGGUAAAACGUCAAAUUUCUGGGUCAUCACUGUUUUUUAGAAAAAGUGUACGACCAAAACAUUCAAGAUCAAGAGCAGACAAAUCAAAUCAAGAUUCUGAAGAAGAGAGGAAAGAAAGGAGCUCUAGCCGACUUCGAAAAUCAGAAUCUGCAAAGAUGGAAGAGAUGUGUGAUGAUCUUAGUGACCAAGAUGUAUCUGAUAAACCAUGGCGGCCAUAUUACAACUAUAAGCCCAAGAAAAAAUCCAAGCACUUUAAGAAAUUUAGAAAGCUAAAGAAAAGGAAGAAACACAGCAAUAAGAGGUCAGAUGUGGAAAAUCAUGAAGAAGCAGACACUAAAGAUAUAUCAAGGAAUGUAACUGAAGAGAGUGAAAGAGGCAAGGAAGAACAUCUACAGACUGCUGAGUAUACUGAAAAUUCAGCUGCAGAAGACAUUGAUGUCUCUGACUGGCAGCUAGCCACUAAGCCCUGUUUUUGUGAACUUUGUCAAAAGUCAUUUCGGAAUCCAUCAACUUUAAAGGUUCACAUGCGUUGUCACACAGGAGAGAAGCCCUACCCAUGCACAACUUGUGGAAAGUGCUUCUCAUUCCCUGGAAAUCUAAACAAACAUGCACGCAUUCACAUGGGUGUGAAAAACUUUAUGUGUCAAUACUGUAGUAAGUCAUUUAUCUUAAAUGAAACCUUAAAAAAGCAUGAGAGGAUCCAUACAGGAGAAAAACUGUAUGGCUGCCAGUUCUGCCCACAGCAAUUCCUGUAUCUCUGCACAAAAAAGAACCAUGAGCAAAGACAUCAAACAGAACGCAGUGUUAAAGGUUUUGUUUGUAUCCAGUGUUCCAAAAUUUGCAAAACUGCAGCGGCUCUAGGAAUGCACCAAAAGAAACAUUAUCUAAGGAGUCUGAAGCAAAAAGAACGGAAGGAAAUUGCAGCAACAGAGAGCUGGGGAGCAUCUACGAGUACUGCAUGCAAAAUUAUGGAUUUAACAAAGACUAGUGAAGUCACAAAUGUGCCUGAAAGUGUUGCUGAUUCCUUUGAAGACAAUGAAGCUUUAUUACUGUCAUUUGAUGGUGGUAUUAGAGACAAUUCCUCACAUAAUAAAGGUACCACUCAUAUUGCUGAGAGUUUAGCACCAGAAGAGCUGCCUGAAAGCAGACUUGGGACUCCAUCAGCAAUGCCACCAGUGGGUGAGCAUGGCUCUGUCUUAAUGGAGGUUCCAAAAAGCUGGAAGCACUGGAAAACACGACACUAUAGUUUCGAGGAGGGUAUGAACUCUGACAAUUCUUCCACAAGAGAGUGCACAAAGACUUUUACUGAAUUAAAGACAAUGACAAGCUUUGAUUCUUUUGUUCCUUAAGGUGGUGAAACACAAACCAAACCAAUUACGUGAGUUGUAGGAUACACAGCUACACAUUUGUUAAGCGUUUUUGCCAGUUGCUUCCCUUGGGCAUCAGCCAAUUCUGUAAUGUAUUGUAAAACAGUGCUUUAAAGAUGGCUCUAAAAUCCAAGGAUAUUAAGCAAGCAUUAGAGCUCAAGUGUUAGUGUUUUUCCCUUUGCUGUAAAUUCAUGUCAUCUAUAUAGCAAAUUAACCUAGAAUGUAUUAAAAAGAGCACAGGCAGCAGGAGAGCGCCGUCUAUGGAGUCCAUGUAGCUUCUUUUUUUAAUUGCAAUUAGUUGCAGUUUUUUCAACUACAAACAACACUUUGUAAAGGGAUUUGAGGUUAUAUAGUUCCCUUAAUCAACUAGUUCUUUAUGGUACUUUAUGGUAACCCUAAUACUAUAACUGUUUAUGUGGUACAAAUGAAUUUCUGAUUGGUAGCUAAAGUUAGCAUAGCCUAACUAAUUUACCAUAAAUAUUACAUCUGUAUUACUGUAUUGUCUAGGGCAAUGCUUACUACAAGGAGGUUGAGAAGAAUAACGUCAGUACCACAAAAAAGAGUUUAAAGAAGAUUAUAAUGUUGUUAAUGCAUAAAUUGAUCUGCCAACAUAUCUGACAGUGUCUUUAACUGAACCGCAGUUUAAACUUCUUAACUGAAUUGUGCAACACUUUAGAUUCUCAAGAUUUUUAGAAUCGAAAUUCCAAAUAUUAAAAAGCAGACCAUUUAUUCUAUGCAAGUAUUUUUGAAAGAAUUUUAAAUGAUAAAAUUAAUGAUCAUGACAAACAGACAAUUGUUAUUCACAAUUGCAAUAUAAGAAAAUUCAAAAGGGGUUAGAAUAAAAAUGUUUUUUUCCAGUGUAUGACAAGAUAUCCCUCAAAAUAUAAAAUUUAGUAUAAAAACAUUGUCUUCACAGAUUGAGAGAUUUAUCAAGCUGUUCAUAUCUAUUCGUACAAUACUUUGAAAAUGAGGGAGAGCUUUGACUGUUUCACAGUAGGUUGUGAAUCACAAAUGUAAUCAUUUGUCAAAUAAAACACAACCAAACUGACAUAGCAAAUUGGUAUGUGUAUGCUCAGUGCAAUACACCCAAUGGAAGCUGAAUGUGUUGUUUUUUUAUUUAGGAAUCAAAAAACUAUAAACAUAUAUGUUGCCAAUUGCUUUAAAACACUUUAAAACGGAAGUGUCAAGAGUUUUAAAAAGUCAAUUAUUUACAGUGUAGUGUAUGCACCUGAACAUGUUUUUAAUUAUGCAAUAAAUGAAGCAAAGUAUAGAGGAAUAAAAUAAGUUCUUGACCAAGUAACUGAUCUUGACCAAGGAACCAAUAAUUCCAAAUACAAUUAAAUUUCUUUCAAGACACUUUAUCAAGGUAAGAUUUUAAAAAGUGCAUUGCACAAUAGUGCAAAAGGAAUACAAAGUAGCAGGAAAUAUAUACACAUAUAUAUAUUUAUAUUUAUGAUACAAAGCAUUUUUGAAAGAGACGUUAAUAUCUAGUUUCAUUAGUAAUGUUUAUUAUUUCUUAGCAAAGUGAAAAAAAUGCCCGCAUAAAACUAGCACUGGAAUGGAAUUUUAUGCUUUAUAAUGUAAAGAAUGUAAUACAAUUCACAUGGAUUUUGUAUUGGUUUUGGUUUAUAGCAUUUCAUUAAUAAUUUGAUUUAAUAAGAAAAGAGUUAAAGGUUUACUUUGUAACGAAAAUACAUGUAUACAUACUUAU